CCCUAUGCUGUGUAAAUAAAAACCUAAGGCUUAUUAGUUUGCUCAGAUGGUCACCAAAUAGUUCCUUGUGUUCUAGAAAAAGAGCCUAGAAAUCUUUCUAAGCUUGUGUUGUUAGAAGCAUCGUGGUUUGUGUUUUGAUUCUAAAUUUAAAAUAGAAGUCUAGUUGUGCAGGAAUUGAAGGUUAUGUUGUGUGCAAACUGGGUGCACCUUUGAAGGUGCUGAUUGGUGCACUUGGAAAGACAAGGGGAGAGAACCAAAUGUUUCCAUUUUUCUUUUGGCAAUACCAUCUUUAAGAAUUAGAAAGUCGGUAUUAGUGAGGACUAAUCUGUGAUUUGGGCCUUCAGUGUAAAACUGGUGAAUGGUUUCUGAAGUGGUGACUGGUGUGUGUUUGCUUGCCAAGGCCUCACAGGACGGAGCUGUACGAGGCCCCCCCGUCGGGGUGCUGGCCCAUCGUGUAUUCCCCAGACUACAACAUCACCUUCAUGGGACUUGAGAAGCUGCAUCCCUUUGAUGCGGGGAAAUGGGGGAAAGUCAUCAAUUUCUUGAAAGAAGAAAAACUAAUUGCAGAUGACUUGAUUGUGCAGGCACGGGAGGCGACUGAUGAAGAUCUCCUGGUUGUUCACACCAGGCGCUACCUUAAUAAAUUAAAGUGGUCAUUUGUUGUGGCUACAAUCACUGAAAUUCCACCAGUUGCCUUUCUUCCCAAUUUUGUUGUUCAGAGAAAAGUUCUGAAACCUCUACGAACCCAGACAGGAGGAACAAUAAUGGCAGGGAAACUUGCUGUGGAUAGAGGCUGGGCCAUCAACGUGGGAGGUGGUUUCCAUCACUGCUCCAGUGAUAAAGGGGGAGGAUUUUGUGCAUAUGCUGACAUCACACUGGCCAUCAAGUUCCUAUUUGAGAGAGUACAAGGAGUGUCUAGAGCCACAAUUAUUGAUCUGGAUGCCCAUCAGGGAAAUGGCCAUGAGAGGGACUUUAUGGAUGAUCCUCGGGUUUAUAUUAUGGAUGCAUACAAUAGAUAUAUUUACCCAGGGGAUGGUUUUGCUAAACGUGCCAUAAAACGCAAAGUGGAACUGGAGUGGGGCACGGAGGACACUGAGUACCUGCAGAAGGUGCACACCCACGUGGAAGGAGCCCUGAAUGAAUUCAAGCCUGACAUCGUUGUUUACAAUGCUGGCACUGACAUUCUGGAUGGGGAUCCCCUGGGAGGCCUGGCCAUUUCCCCCCAGGGCAUUGUGAAGAGGGACGAGGUGGUGUUCAGGGCUGCCCGGAGCCGCGGGGUCCCCGUGCUGAUGGUGACGUCCGGGGGAUACCAGAAGAGAACAGCACGGAUCAUCGCUGACUCCAUCCUCAACCUGCACAGCCUGGGGCUCCUGGGCAGGGAGCAGGCAGCCUGUGUGCUUGAGAGUCCCAGCCUGGAUCACAUGGUCAGAGACUCUGCCAAGGACUUCAGCAACUUGUCCCUGCAGUGACAGGUCACUGGAUGUUAGUCACAUAACCCAGAGGCAAUACAGAGUAACUCUGAAUUUAUCUUGAGCUAAGACAACACAUCCUUUUAAGCUAAUUGAGAUAUGCACUCAAGGGUACUGUCUUUGUGUCUAAUAUUGCUGUAGAAAGCUUAAUUUGCUUCUCUGUUUGGGAUGAGGGGUCAGUUAUGUUGGAAGAACUAUGCAGUUGGUAUCCAAAGACUGUCCCAGACCUGUUUCGCAUGGUGCAGCAUGGUCUGAGGUGGGAGGAGCAUGGACUAAAGCUACUGUUAAGUGGGCUUUUUUAAUACUGCAUUUUAUUUAUUGCUUUUAAAACUGAAAUACUGUUAUAAAACAAGUUCUGGGCAGACUUCAACUGUCAGUUUAACACUAAAGGGAAGUGCAAUACUCUAAAAGCCAGGGCAGUUUGUUUAUGGCUUUGAAGCCAUAGGCAGUUAGAAGGAAUGUUUGUAAAUUCAUAGUUUAUUCCUGUUUUUGCUGGUGACUGAAGUCUUGCUCAUAAACACCUUGUGAAAUGGGAUAUGAAACACCUUUGGCUCCAUAUGCAAAUGAGCCAUAAGGGCUCACCAUGACCAGUCUGGUGUUCCAGGUGAGUUCUGCAUGUGACAGGCAGCAGUUCCUGUGCACUGCAACUCACAGACAGAGAAAGUACAGUUCAGUGAAAGCUGAUCUAGCAGUUCUCAGCAGCCCUGCAGGAAAAACUAUGUAGAAAUAUAGGCUGUCUUCUUAUUGCCAGCUUGCCGUGUACAAAACAGUGAGGAGUACAUUUAAAUACUUUUUCCCCAGUUCCUGCUGUGCUUUUCACUUGCUCAGAGAUCAAUGGUACUUCUAGUUGCAGUCAUAGUUGGGAAGCAAGUCCUUCGUUAUUCUUGUUCCUCAAGGAAUGCAGUUGCAUUUCUACACUAAGAUAAUGUGCUAACUUUGUAUGGAGCUUUUAGGAGGAUUUGGGAACAAAAUAGUGUAUUCAAGACAAAUUCAGUUGCACUACCUGGGAAGUUUGGCUUGGUUCAAACUGGUAUAUUUUGCAUUAGGUAAUUUUUGUAGCAGGGGGUUGUAGAUGUACUAAACUGUAUCUUUUGCAAGAGCUUUUAGAACUCUCACUGAUUCGUAUUGCAAGUUUUACCUUGUGUUUAGGUUGGAGCCGUCCUGUCAGGGAGCACCAGGAUUUUCCUUGUAGUAGAGUUGUUGUGUAAGCAAUUUUAGGAAAGUUUAAUUUUAAUACUUACCGAAUUUAGUGUUCAUGUUUACAUCAUGGAAUUUGUCCAUUGUAGGAAUUGCAUAACUGCUAUAAAUACCUGCUUUAACCAGAUCUGACCUACUGCACUAAGCUUGAGUUGCUACACUGAGAUUAAAGAGCACUUUUAAAUUUCUUACUAGAAGGACCAUCAGAGUACGACUAAUGUUGAGAUUUAUUUUUUCUAUACUAUCUGACGUUACUGGAAGAUGUUGUUAUUCUUUCAUAUAAUUUUUAUAAAAUUCUAGAUUACAUUUCUAUGAACUAAACCUUCAUCAUAGAACCAUAUGGUCUUCCCCCAAACAUUUGUUGUUUGUGUUAACGUGUUUCUAUAAUUUUCCCUCAGUGGAGAUUAAAAUGAUGUUGAACAAUGCU